CAGGAAAAAGAUCAAUACGGCAAUGAGGUGCAACGUUUGGCACGUCCACUACCCGUUGAAUAUUUACUUGUCGAUGUGCCAGCAUCGACGCCGUUGCAACCGCAAUUCACUUUCUCCAAAUAUGACAAACGACAACCAUUCCCCGUGGAAAAUCGUUAUUUGGAUGGUCACUUGCAGGACUUUAACGCCUUGAGCGCCUAUCUAUCCCAGUGGGAUGAUGAAGAUUUCCUUGAAGCCAUAUCCGAUUUUCAUUUGCUGGUCUAUUUGUUUAAAAUGGAUAUGUUGCCAAUGCGUCAGCAUAUGAUGCCACUGCUGGAGGCGGUACGCAAUAAGAAUCCCAAUAUGGCCUAUGCCUUUAAGAAGGAGGAGGUGUGGAAAUUAUUGGAAUCGCUGAUACAGGCCAGUUCAAGUGGUAGUGGGGGCACCACAAGUUAUCCCUCGUCAUCCUCGUCAAAUCGUGCUGGUGCCGGUGGCUCCUCAUCCAAUGCCAUGGAAAGUUCUGGCAUCGAUGGCAACACCUGGACCUGUAAUCAUUGCACCUUUAUCAAUAGCAGUGAAUUGUCAUCCUGUGAAAUUUGCUCUCUGCCCAGAUAGAUUUCC